AGAUUUCCGUACAUGAAGCGGGGUUACCUCGGCACUGCUCUAUUUCUGGUACUGUAGUUGAAAGACGUGUUUCCGACAGACCUUCAAUGUUGCUUUGAUGAAACAUAUGCACUCUAGAAAUCUCCAUUUCAACCUCUGAUUCAGGUAGGGAUAUUUUUAAUUUUUCCUUUUAAAAAAAAAUAAAAAAAUAAAAAAAAUUAACAUCUCAGAGCUUUUCAAACGAUCGAUCGGUAUGAUUUUAAUAUCUUUCAAUAGCGUUGUGUUCUAUGCGUUCUGUAACAGUAUAUUUUUUUAAAAUUUAAAAAAAAGUGCAACACGUAUGUGUUUAAGUUCAUUAAAAAAUUAAUUUCUGUUACAAAUGGAAUUUCUAUAUCACCGUUGUGUAUUUUUCAAACUCGUUAAACUGUCUUCCGAAAUGCUUGAUUUUUUCAGGUGGAGAAUGUAUCUUCAAACAAAAAUCGACCUUGAGAGGAAUUUUAGGCUCAAUACUGCAAGAUCUUUUCUUAGACAAAUUUUUAAAAAUAAAAGUAAGUAUCUUACACACCCCAACGUCUUAACAAACUGCCCUACGUAUUCUGAAGGGAUUAGAAGCUUGGGCUCCAUGAGGUCAGAAAUCACAUCACCAGUAUUAAAAACAUACACUGGCACAAAGUGGCACAAACAGUUGCAAAGGCAGCCGCAGUAAAUCAUGUCCUAGUACAGUGGUUCUCUCAACCCUUCUAAUGCCGUGACCCGUUAAUACAGCAGCUCCUCAUCAUGUGGCGACCAUCAACCAUAAAAUUACCGUAUUUCCGUCGCUACUUCAUAACCAUGUGUUUUCUUUUAUACACUAAAUUCCACCUACUUUAUUUCUUUCUGUAUUCAUAUUUGUAAUUCUUUUCUUAUCAUGUUUUAAUUCUUUUCUUAUCAUGUUUUAAUUCUUUUCUUAUCAUGUUUGUAAUUCAUCUUAUCAUGUUUGUAAAGGACUUGUGCCAAACAAAGACCAUAAUUUUCAAAAUUUAAAAAAAAAAAUAAAAAAAAAUAAAUAAAUAAAUAAAUAAAUUUCAAAUAAAAUGUAUGCUAAUUAUAUGUCUCAGCAGGUUUGCAAUUGUGACAUUGUUGACACCAGUGUAGUGUCUCAGCAGGUUUGCAAUUGUGACAUUGUUGACACCGGUGUAGUGUCUCAGCAGGUUUGCAAUUGUGACAUUGUUGACACCGGUGUAGUGUCUCAGCAGGUUUGCAAUUGUGACAUUGUUGACACCGGUGUAGUGUCUCAGCAGGUUUGCAAUUGUGACAUUGUUGACACCGGUGUAGUGUCUCAGCAGGUUUGCAAUUGUGACAUUGUUGACACCGGUGUAGUGUCUCAGCAGGUUUGCUAUUGUGACAUUGUUGACACCGGUGUAGUGUCUCAGCAGGUUUGCAAUUGUGACAUUGUUGACACCGGUGUAGUGUCUCAGCAGGUUUGCAAUUGUGACAUUGUUGACACCGGUGUAGUGUCUCAGCAGGUUUGCUAUUGUGACAUUGUUGACACCGGUGUAGUGUCUCAGUUAGGGUGCCUUUGAUCCGUGCUGCGGAAAACCCGGCGUGAUGAAGUGUGUUUAUUUUCUACAUGACCGCUCCUUUCCCUGGGACCAUACAGCUCCGACGUGCUGGAAUACUGUGAGGUCUUGCUUGUUUACACCUCAGGGCGAUGCGUCCAUCUGCUCAGAUCAAGUCACGAUACCUACCUGCAUGCCCGUGUGACCUUUACACGUGAUUAUAACAAUAGACAAGAUUAUUUCUCCCGUCUGGUAUGUUUUCACUAUCGAUGGAGCACUCGAAAGUCGAGAGCCUAAAUGGUGUGCAAGUGUUGGUGCGCAUGUGGUCCUUUUGUAUUGCCGAGCGAAAUGGCACUUCGUUUUCAAUAAGAUGCGCUCUUUUAGCGGAAUAAUGUGUAGAACUUUCGUGAAAGAACCCUUUUAUAGGUUGAGGCUGACUCUCAGAAAAUAGGGACAUAUGAUUUCAGAGUGCAUACAACUGUUUUCCGUCUGAUGCAAAUUACACUUAUUUCAUGAUUGUUUAUGUUUUAAUGUUUGAAAAAGCAAUCUUGGAUGCACUUUGAUGGGUGUAAAAAUGAAAUGAAUGUCUAAUAAAUUCUUUAUAUGCAUUUUUUAAAAUUAUUUUAUAUCAAUAUUCAAAUUUCCAACUCGCUUUUACGCCACAGAUUAAAUUCACAAACUAUUUAAAAAAAAAAAAAAUGGAAAAAAAUUACACCCAAACACAGUUUGCGAUAUUUGUGUGUGUGUGUGUGUGUGUUUUUUUAAAAAAGAAUCUCAUAUAACGCAGUUAUCGGGGAUUUAAUGUCGUGAAAUCAGUGUCAUCAUAUUUCCUUCAUCUUCAGGAAAAACUUAUUUUGUGGGGCUGGGGUGGGGCUGACUGAUAGAAUGUUUUGUCAUCUGCAACGGGUCCAUGUGGCAAGUUUCAGCUCGAUGGGUUGACGGGGAAUGGGUCAUUUAGCCGUCUGAAGAUUUUGCCACCCAUCCAGAAAGAAACGCACGAGCAACAGAGAAGUUAAUAUAAAGGUUUUGAAAAUAUUCAUUGUCAACAAGGUACGAUUAAUAAGUAAAGAAGAUAGCUGCCAUAUUACUGCACAACCUCUGAACAGUUAUUUGACAUGAUCCCAGAGUUGUGUACCUUGUGCAAUCUCCCGGACGAGAGUUCAAGAAAUAACAUCACAUUUUUUUUUUUUUUUACAUCUAACACUGCAAACACUGCAAACACUGCAAACAGACAGGAAACUGAGAAGCAGAUCACCGGUUCUCAAAUUUUGCGCGGUGCAUUCUUCAAUGUCAAAAUUCCAGUCUACACUUGUCUAUCUCAAUAAAACAAAUUUGAGCAGUCCACCAUUUCCGCAUUUCUUCUUUUUUUUUUCUGGGCCAGACAGCUGACAGGACCGGCUCUUCUUAGACAGACAGCUGACAGGACCGGCUCUUCUUAGACAGACAGCUGACAGGACCGGCUCUUCUUAGACAGACAGCUGACAGGACCGGCUCUUCUUAGACAGACAGCUGACAGGACCGGCUCUUCUUAGACAGACAGCUGACAGGACCGGCUCUUCUUAGACAGACAGCUGACAGGACCGGCUCUUCUUAGACAGACAGCUGACAGGACCGGCUCUUCUUAGACAGACAGCUGACAGGACCGGCUCUUCUUAGACAGACAGCUGACAGGACCGGCUCUUCUUAGACAGACAGCUGACAGGACCGGCUCUUCUUAGACAGACAGCUGACAGGACCGGCUCUUCUUAGACAGACAGCUGACAGGACCGGCUCUUCUUAGACAGACAGCUGACAGGACCGGCUCUUCUUAGACAGACAGCUGACAGGACCGGCUCUUCUUAGACAGACAGCUGACAGGACCGGCUCUUCUUAGACAGACAGCUGACAGGACCGGCUCUUCUUAGACAGACAGCUGACAGGACCGGCUCUUCUUAGACAGACAGCUGACAGGACCGGCUCUUCUUAGACAGACAGCUGACAGGACCGGCUCUUCUUAGACAGACAGCUGACAGGACCGGCUCUUCUUAGACAGACAGCUGACAGGACCGGCUCUUCUUAGACAGACAGCUGACAGGACCGGCUCUUCUUAGACAGACAGCUGACAGGACCGGCUCUUCUUAGACAGACAGCUGACAGGACCGGCUCUUCUUAGACAGACAGCUGACAGGACCGGCUCUUCUCAGAGAGACAGCUGACAGGACCGGCUCUUCUCAGAGUAAAAAAAAAGAAAAGGGUUUAUAUCUUAGCAUCGAAUAAACAAAUAUAUGGUACAAUGACUUCAACUAAUAAACCAAACCCAGUUUGUUUUUGUGUGUGUGUUAAAUAAUAGUUUCACAGUCUUCAAAGACAAGUCGGUGAAAUGAACUGGUUUUGUUUCGUAAAGAUGAGGAUCCGCCAAAACCAAAUAUGAAAUAAAAUUCACAACUUAUCAUUGAGAGAUUCAGGGGGUGGGGGGGGGGGGGGGGAAACGCAUCCUUAAAUCUUACAAAGGCUUUUAUUUUGUACCAAAAUGGAGAAAUGUUGAGUUUUUCUACCCUUGUAAACUUCCAUGAAUAUGUUACUGACCACGAAGCGGGACCAAUCUCUUGACUUUGGUCCAAUCCGAGAUAUCUUAUCUCAAUCAGGACGGAGAGACCUCUGAUCCCUUGUGGGAUUUGGGGGGGGGCGGGCGUUGAUGCUGUGUAAAGUGAACACAUAGUGCUAGCUCCUGGAAUGUUCGGUAAGAAACAUCUCAUGUGAUUCGACCAUCACAUCUUUGGUUUGUCGGGACAGCUGUGGGUGGAGAGGAUAUUUGGAUGGAGAGAAGAGAGAGGAUUGUGUGUGGUGAAUACCGACUUACCUAUUUCAACACGGAAGCCUUUUUUUUCCCCUCCAAUUCACCGUUGGACAUCAAUCUACAUGCUUGUACAUUUUUUUUUUACCUGUAGCAGAUGGGUCCACUAUUUACAUUUGUGUUCUCCAUUGUUCUCGUUUAUAGUAAACCUGUUUAUCCCCAAAGCCUGGUCGGUUACAUGAAGAGUUACAGGUUUUUGCACUUUUAUCCAGGGUAACUUCUCCGAAAGUAAACCAGCUUCGGAGGUUUUUAAAUAUUUAAAUCCCAAUGACGUCACAUGAAGACUUUCUCCUUCCAUUUAUUUCGGGUUGGUAAUUACGUAAAAUCCCCCCCCCCCACACCAAGGGUUCUUAAAAUAGAUUCCUAACACACAAACUAACCUAACAUAUGUCAACUUAACGAGACUUUCAGCCGUAACCGAAGCCGAAACCAAAAGCUUAACGAGACUUUGGGUCGAAACCGAAGCCGAAACCGAAAUAUUUAGAUAUUUUGAUUUUCGUUCAAGCAUACAUUUUGCACGCAUCGAAAAAUGAUGGGGAAAGGAUUUUAAAAAAAUGAGAUCCUCGUGAAUAUUAAUAAAUAAACAUCUAUUGGAGGCUCUGGCUUUGACCAUUUGAAUUAAAAAGUAAUUUACAUUUGGUACAAAUGUAUUUUAAAGGUGUAUGGUCAGAGAACAAUUUGGAGUCGGGGCAAAAUUCAUACAGAAUAGACCAUUGCGUUUUCUUUGCUUUAAUAAUUUUAAUUACCAUGCUGCUUAGACACACGUCUACAUUAAUUAUUGUGGCUCUAAUAGAGCCAAUGGUCACCUAAAUAUCAUUUAUUAAGGCUAUAAAAAUAUCGCCAAAAAGUUUCGCGGUUAUUGUCACACUAGUGCUUUGUGUUUUCAUAAAUGGCUGGCAAGAUAUCGCUGUAUUUAUAUUUAGCUUAGUACCAACACAUUAUUCUUUCCGUGCUGGUGACGUAAUUAUUUCUUUCGGUGAACAACAGCCUCCCCCCCCCUCCCUUUUGGGGGGCGACAUAUUUUUUUUUAAUCCGGGUCUGUUAAAAUUGAAUCGCAAAAGCCAUUUACAUUGGUCGCCAAAAUCAUAAAAGUAUUCAGUUCUGCAGCAGGCCUACUACAUAAUUAUAAAACGAACCCGUGAUACAUUUACACGUAUGUCAUUUCAUCAAUAACAAUGUUUAUGUGCAUGAUAAAGCUACAUUUCAAGAAAAAUCGAUUGAAAAGCCGAAGUUACCUUAAUUUUUAUUUAAAAAAAAAAAAUAAAACAAAAAAUAAUAAUGGAAAUAUUACCAAUCCUUAGGAUUAUUCAAUAUUCUUAACCUAUGCCCAUGACAACAUGAGCACGAUAAUGAUAAAUCAAAAUGAGUAUCACAAAUGAAUGAAUGAGUUGAAUAAACCUAUGGUUCCAAAUUGUAUUUUUGAAAAAAAUUAAAACAAAAAUAAUGAUAUAAAUAUUGCCAUUCCAUUAGUUUCUCUUCAACUAAACUAGACAUUCCAUCUAUUUACAUUUGACUAGGCUUAAUUUAAAUUUAAUUUUUUGGAAAUAAAGGACGAGUAGGUCUUCAUGCAGCUGUGAGCAUUUUUUCCAAGAGUAUUAAUCGUAUAACAUACGAUGACAGCAAGAGGUCGAGCAAUAAGGACUAUCGGAUUGCCAGCCUAGAGACAGACAGUCUGACUUUUGGUAGUUGACCGAAAACCUCAACCACUUUCAGCCACAUGAACGAAAAUCUCAAUCGUUCUCGGCCGAAACCGAAAUUAAACCGAAACCUAAAUUUCUGCUUCGGCUGAAACCAAAAUUAAACCAAAAGUUAACUAUUCUGUUUCGGCCGAAACCGAAACUAAAACGAACGUGAUGAAAUAGCCGGUCGGUCUCUAAUUCAAUGAAAGACUGUAGGAAGUCGAAGUGCUGUAACGUCGUAUGUUACAUGAAUACAUUUGUACACUAUACAUGCAUUUUGGCGGUUGUGUUCCAUCACUAACGGCUUGGUGGGGGGGGGUCUUAAAUCAGGUGUGUGUGUGUGUGGGGGGGGGGGUUAAUUGCUAGGGGGGGUCCGAAGAUACAUAGAUUUUUAGGUCUUAAAUCAGGUGUGUGUGUGUGUGGGGGGGGGGGUUAAUUGCUAGUGGGUGUCCGAAGAUACAUAGAUUUUUAUUUUCUGCCAUUGCUAGUUGUUGAUACCUGUCCAGAAAAUCUUGUUAAUUGGCAUCUUGACUAGCUGGACAUCAUUAGAUUGUUUGUGAGGCGUUUCUUUGUGCAUUAUUUGUACUUGUGCAUUUCUUGUCGUGUUUCUAACAAGUCAAUUAAGAAAGGAUAAUUUCAAUAACAGAAUUAAUUUUUAUUUUAUUUAGUUAAUUAUAUUUUAUUCGUACAAAAAGUGAAGUGGGGGGUGGGGGGUGGGGGUGAGUGCUGGUAAUGUUAUGAAAUCCGCUGUCCACAAAGGCUAAGAACCGCUUCCAUGCUUUACGGGGACUCAAUUGUUCAAAUGCUUGAUUCCACCUACGCAGUCCCCCAUUCGCUACAGAAAAAAGGAACCCUUGUUGUAGAAACAUACGGUACCUUCGCAUGUAGGGCGCCCCCACAGAAGGAUGCCCGCAUUCCUAGACUGAUAACCUUUUGAACUGACGUCAAGAAAACGCACGAGCAAUUGACGUCACAGUUGCGGGCAGGUUUUACGGGAGGGGGGGGUUGGUGGUAACGUUCACUUUUUUCAACUAAGCCGGAUCUUUCUUGGGUUAAAGUUUGGAAGGGGGGGGGGUGUGGAGCUCGUCAGAUAUCUGGUUGGGUUGGGUUGGGGUCAGAUAUCUGAUUAGGGUGGGUGGGAGGUCAGAUCCUUGCAUUAGGAAAUGCAACGUGUCAUAGCUGGAUGUCAAUAGUGACAAAAUUGCCUUCAAUUUAUUUCACUAUUAAAGCCCUUGAACAAAUAUAAUCUUUGAUUAUUCGUACCCACAGUGAAUCUCACAUCCAACCCCUCCCCUCCCCCAACCAACGUAUACAGUAUCAAACUCCCAGAUUUGGUUUGAGAGUGCACCCGCCAUUUUCGACCUUUAGCUAUCGGCCCAGAUAUUCCAUAUUUACUUUAUUACCCCACCAAUUCCAGCGCCAUCUGUCGUCAUGCGUAUUCUGUUGAUAUCAUAAAUACAUACAGGCCGCGUCAUGGUUUUAAAAUGUCAAACAAUCCAUUUUUUUACACCGUCUUGCGUUUCCCAAUACACUUAGAAAUGUAGGGUUAGAUUUUUUAUUAUAUUUUCCAGCCCUCGAAGUUGCAAGCAUUCCCGGGUUAUGCUCUGAGAUUUUCUCCGCAAGGGACUCGAUAGGUAAAAGGCGCACCUGUGAUCAGCAUUCUGCGGUGUUGGGGCAUAUUUGACAUUUAGCUCAAAUAGAUCAGACACCUUGACUAAGAUUCAUUGGUGAAGCUCUAUGAUAUGGGCCAAGGAGUCGAACACAUGAUAGUUACGGCAGAGAAGCCAAGUGAACGACUCCGGUACCUCAUCAGAAAAUAUUGCCGUUUGAUAAAAAAAUAAUAAUAAACUUGCAAAUGACGUCACGUGUUAAAAAAAACUUUUAUUAUACUUUUUCUUUAUGUUUAGUAUACUCCCAGAAGUAUUCCAUUUAAGUAUUUGCGAUCACCCGAUAAUGAGGAUAUCAGUGGUCAGCGAUCUGUAGUAAAUUACCCCAAAUGGGGUAAAAAUGGGAACUUUCGGAGUAAUGAGAUCUUUAUAAAAUUAAUAUUUAAAACGUUUUUAAUUUUUUUCUAACAAAAACAUUUUCCUGGCAACACCUCCCCUGGACAGGGUAGUUUAGAUAGGAACUCAAAUGUUGUAGUUUCAAAAGCCUUGGCAGCUAGCAUAACCUAACGUCUCGCGUUUUAACAAACUCAUUUCGCCUAUAGUCACCUAUGGCAUCUUAUGUUUAACCCUUUCCAGACAUCUCCGUUUACCUCCUCUGUGGCAUGUCUGGUGACGCACUGCUCUCAUUUCAACCUGCUCUCGUGGUACCCUUCUCUGGUGACACACUACUCUUAUUACAACCUGCUCUGGUGAUAUCCUUAACUGGUGAUACACUGCUCUAAUUGCAGCCUGCUCUGGUGAUACGCAGCUCUCGUGACACACUGUUCUUAUUUCAAUCUGCUCCGGUGAUACUCAACUCUGGUGACACACUUCUCUUAUUGCAACCUGCUCUGGUGGUAUCUAACACUGGUGACACACCUUUCGUAUUGCAACCUGCUCUGUUGGUACUAAACUCUGGUGACACUGCUCUUAUAUCAGUCUGCUCUGGUGGUACCCUACUCUGGUGACACACUGCUCUUAAUUCAACCUGCUCAGUUGGUACUCAUCUCUGGUGAUACACUGCUCUUAUUUCAGCCUGCUCUGGUGGUACCCUACUCUGGUGACACUUGCACCCUGCUCUUGUAUUAAACUUUGCUGUUUAAUGAAACCGACUUGAUCGAUUGCUGUCAAAUUUACUGUUUUUCAUUUGGUGUUAUCUCCCUGUGAGGAUGUCAUCCCCCUUUGAGGGUGAAAACUUGAUAUUAUGUUUUGUCAUUGGUAACGAGUCUAUAAGCCUAGGUUCAGCUCAAUAGGUUGACAGGAAGUGGGCCGAUUAGCCAUCCGGAGAUUUUUUCCACCCAGCCAGAAACAUAUGAACAAAUGCUAAGUUGAUAUAAAGGUAUUUAAAGAUACGCAUAUAAUGGUGCGCAUGGGAAGAACAGAGUAGAAAUGUGAAUACAUUCGCGCGGUAGUUUUGUGUGAUAAACACCACUGAAAUACUGAAUGUCAUGACAAAGUUAAACAUCAAAUAAUAGAUUCAACAGACUAAAACGUUUAGCAUGAAAAUCUGGUCAAGGAAUAGAGAGUCUACAGGCACCCGAGAGAUUUAAUUAGACAAAGUUUUAAUAAAAUAAAGCUUUGAGAUCAGCUUCAAUAGUGAGAUUAGCGUCAAUAGUGAGAUCAGCUUCAAUGGUGUGAUCAAUUCAAUAGUGAGAUCAGCUUCAAUGGUGAGAUCAAUCAAUAGUGAGAUCAGCUUCAUUGGUGAGAUCAAUCAAUAGUGAGGUCAGCUUCAACAGUGAGGUCAGCUUCAAUAGUGAGGUCAGCUUCAAUAAUGAGAUCAGCUUCAAUGGUGCGAUCAAUUCAAUAGGGAGAUCAGCUUCAAUGGUGAGCUCAAUUCAGUAGUGAGAUCAGCUUCAAUGGUGAGAUCAAUCAAUAGUGAGAUCAGCUUCAUUGGUGAGAUCAAUCAAUAGUGAGGUCAGCUUCAACAGUGAGGUCAGCUUCAAUAGUGAGGUCAGCUUCAAUAAUGAGAUCAGCUUCAAUGGUGCGAUCAAUUCAAUAGGGAGAUCAGCUUCAAUGGUGAGCUCAAUUCAAAAGUGAGAUCAGCUUCAAUGGUGAGAUCAAUCAAUAGUGAGAUCAGCUUCAAUGGUGAGAUCAAUCAAGAGUAAGAUCAGCUUCAAUGGUGAGAUCAAUCAAUAGAGAGAUCAGCUUCAAUGGUGAGAUCAGGUUCAAUAGUGAGAUCAGCUUCGAUGGUGAGAUCAAUUCAAUACUGAGAUCAGCUUCAAUGGUGCGAUCAAUUCAAUAGUGAGAUCAGCUUGAAUAUGUUCCUUUUUCGCAGAGGAAGAUUGUGUUGUGAAACAAUCUUUCUUUGUUUUUGUUUUUUGAAAGUUACGCGUUAAACCAAAGAAAGACAAGCACUUUUAAACAACAAAAUACUGUGAACGAUCUAAGCCUCUCUGCCAAUGUAACGACCGCCGAUCAAUCUUCUAACACAAUUACCACCUGCCAGCAUCCGACAAUAAAGAUUGUCCAUCAUUUACUUGAAACAAUAAGGGACAUGUGCACUGUAAGCCUUAUCAGCCAUUUCUUCACAAGGCAAUUAUGGUUACCCAAAAGGUCGCAAUUGAAUUACGCGCCCUAGUCUCUCUUUAUCUUCUGAUCUGUGAUGGGUUAAUGCUCUCAGUGUUGCACGGGGAAAUGAGAGGUGGUGGUGUUGUUUGUUGUUGUUUUUUUGAUGGCAUCGUACCUGCCGCAAUACCGAUGUCCACGAGGUAGAUGGUAUUUUUCUGAAAUAUCGCAGCGAGGAUAGAAAAUAUUAUUAUCUAUCAGCUCAAACUAUGUGGUCCAGAUCCUGGGCCAGUGUCAAGGUAAAAUAAUUGAUAUGUGUAGUGUAAGAGUAACACACCAUCAGUUCUAUAGACUCUGGCAUUGGUUCAUUUUUAAGGCAGGCGCGAAAUGUAAUUUUUUAAAAGAAUAUUUGCACAUUACUAUGCAAACAAUACCUUCACUAGGACAGUCGCGAUAAGAAAAAAAUGGGGGUGGGGUUGGGGCGAAAGAGGAGGAUAAGUUAUACAUAGUAUAUUCAAAACCUGGUCGAAACAUUAAAUGUUUACUGAAUAGAAUACAAAUUCGUUUAAAUCAUGAAUGAUCCUUGGAUGUCCCCCCCUCCCCCCUCUGUCACAACCCACCACAACCGAUCCCAACCCAUUAAACCCCAGUCCCAUCCAUUACUCACCAGUACCAUCCAUUACACCCCGGUACCAUCCAUUACACCCCAGUACCAUCCAUUACUCACCAAGUUUCCGCUCGCACCAUCCAUCACAUCCUCAGACGUGCCUGCAACGUCUUAUCACAACCCCAGGUGACCCAUUACGGCUUUUUGAUCAUCUCUCCCCCGGGUGCCCCCCACCCUCUCCCCCUCCAUGCCCAUUAAGACUUAUUUUCACCUAAAGGUCAGAUAUGUGUUGGCAGCAAACACUAACAAUCUGAACGAACAGACCGGAUACAGAUUGCUGCGGUGGUCUACAAUGAAAGGAAGUGAGACUGCUGGUGGAUUCUCUUUCAUUACAUUCUUGCCGGCCAUACGGUUGUGCCGGCCAAACGGUUGUGCCGGCCAUACGGUUGUGCCGGCCGUACGGUUGUGCCGGCCAUACGGUUGUGUCGGCCAUGCGGUUGUGCCGGCCAUACGGUUGUGCCAGCCAUACAGUUGUGCCAGCCAUACGGUUGUGCCGGCCAUGCGGUUGUGGCGGCCAUACGGUUGUGCCAAUACGGUUGUGUCGGCCAUGCGGUUGUGCCGGCCAUACGGUUGUGCCAGCCAUACGGUUGUGCCAGCCAUACGGUUGUGCCGGCCAUACGGUUGUGUCGGCCAUACGGUUGUGCCGGCCAUACGGUUGUGCCGGCCGUACGGUUGUGCCGGCCGUACGGUUGUGCCGGCCGUACUGUUGUGCCGGCCAUACGGUUGUGCCGGCCAUACGGUUGUGCCGGCCAUACGGUUGUGCCGGCCAUACGGUUGUGCCGGCCAGCGGUUAUGCCUAUGGUAUCUAGAUAAUAUUGACUUAUUACCAGGGGAAAAUUCAUGUGUUUUUUGCCUACGCUUUUUAAAUAGGGUGCUUUGGAAUUUUGUUGGUUUGUUUUGUUUGUGGUGGCGUCAUGCAUCUCAAUUUCGACCAACUUACCGAGGUCCAAUUAAACUGAAACUUUCUACAUUUACCAACCCCCCGAUGACAAUACAACAUUCAGUGAUCAGCUUUUCGACACUGGAUUUUUCCACCGACGUUUGACUGACGUUCUGCGGUUACCUCAGCAACGGCAAGUGAUAGGUACAUCUGGUUUUCACUUCAGCGCGUCCUCGUGUGUGUUAACUCGCUAUCUCAGCAACGGCAAGUGAUAGGUACAUCUGGUUUUCACUUCAGCGCGUCCUCGUGUGUGUUAACUCGCUAUCUCAGCAACGGCAAGUGAUAGGUACAUCUGGUUUUCACUUCAGCGCGUCCUCGUGCGUGUUAACUCGCUCCCGACAACCUUCAACGCUGAGGAACACAUUUUUUUACCCCAGCAAUGUCACCGCUUUGACGUGUUUGUAUUUCAAGGGCGCCCACGCGGUUUCAUGCAUAAUUUUCAAACCACCUGUUGAUCCCUCAUUACAUCUUCCAAGAUUAAAAAGAAUAAAAUAAAAAAAAUAAAAAAUAAAAAAAGAGACUUCAAAUUAAAAAAAAGAUAUUUUAAAAUACGCUUUUCCAAAAAUGCACUAAAAAUCAUAAAAUAAAUGUCCCGCGAAACGUCAGAGUUGUUACAGUCAUAUGACUUUAAAAAGCGUGGUGCGCCAUUGAAUUGCAAUCAUGUCGUAUGACUUGACAAAUAUAAUGUUUGACACAUGUAGACGUUUCCAUAGCUGGAAGUUAUUGUUAUGUGACACAAUUUUUAUGAUACAGAUUAUUCAAUCAUGGAAACGUGCGUUCUCACAACUGCCUUGCCCUACUGUUGUAUGCUCCCAACGAUCGUGAUCUUGACAAGUGGGAUGAGAUUAGCGAUACCGCUGCGGGCGUGUCUUUGCGAUUUGCAAAGAACAUUGAAUAAGUGGGCGUCCCAAGCAAUUUUUAGGUCUUAUUUAGAUGUCUAAGAUUAAAAUUAACUGGCUAUUAUUGAAUAAUAGAUUGGCCUGAAUUACGAGCUCUUAAAUCAGUGCAUUCGUUGUCUAUAUAUUCCCAGCUGCCGACGACUGGUUUACUUUCUCUGACUUCCACGUAACCUACACGUCAUCUCCGUGAAGCUGCCAUAUUUUAGACUCUACAGUGGAUUAAUAGACUUUGAGAUUCAUCUGUAAGACUUAUAUUCUCCCACACCCUUCCCACUCGCUUCAAUGUUGGAUCAGGUAUUUCUUACAAUCACUUUCAGUUAACACUGCGUUCAAUGUUAUGCGUAUGACGUACGAUGUUUCUCACUAAAGCAUCAAGUUAAGACUGCUCUUUGAAUGACACCACUGAGACGAUGACAGAAACAUUGUUAGACACUAAAUGAUUUAUGAACAACCGCGUGAGGAACCACGUGACACCUGUGUUAUUCCCCCCCCCCUCAAACCCCCAGACCUCUAUAAGAAACAAUGAAGAUGUACGGUUGCAUUAAUAGAUAUUUUAUUAUCGCUACGCAUAGGUGGCCUCGUCAUACACUUCUGGAUUGGAGCCGAUGUAGGAGAAUUAAUUCUAGCAAAAAUGUUCAAGGUUGUUAUGACGAUCCUCUGGAGACUCGCCUUGAAACUUGGCUUUAAUGCACCAAGACUGCGGAGAAUUUUACCGAAAACAAACUGUAAAUUUUUUAGAACAUUGGGGCUUAUCAUAAAUUUGAAAUGAACGAUUUAAAUUUCAUAGCAUUACCAUAUUAGGUUUAAAAAGCAUUCAAGAAACUGUUGGUCUAUUCAUUGAGCCCAAUGAAUGUGAUUUUUUAAAAAUCAUAAUUCUAUUGUCUUCUUAAAGUUCUUUAAUUGUAAAGAGAAAUAAAUAGUGCAUUUUGACUUCGUAAAUGUUUUGUGGAGUAGGGAGAUUUGGUGUGUUUAGGAAGUGUGCUAGGGUCUGUGUGUUAGAGGAGUGUGUUAGAGGUGUGUACGUUAGGGAGUGUGUUAGGGGGUGUGUUAGGGUGUGUGUUAGCGGGUGUUAAAGGGGAGUGAGUUCGGGUUGUGUUAGGGUCUGUGUUAGGCGGGUUUGUUAGUGUGUGUGUCAGGGAGCAUGUUAGGAGGUGGGUCAGAGGCGUGUUAUGGGGUGGGCUAGGGAGUGGUAUUUAAUGUAAAAGGUCUUCCAUAGAAUUUAAUCGCUUUCUAAGCUAUGUUCAUACUCCAAAUAGAAACGAUUAAAAAAAAACAACAACAACUGUUUGACGCUAUAAGAGCACCCAAAAGCAUGCUGUUACGUAACGUCAGAUGGUUUAGUAACUUAAUCUGUUUUAAAACUGGGCUCUUUAGAAGAACAACACGUAGCGAAGGACUGAACAACCAUAUUACAAAGAAAACAUUAAAAAACCAAACUAGUAGUACUAGCAAAUUGCAAUUUGAUUAUAGUAUUACGUUUCUAUACAAGUACAACAUUAAAUAUGCAGAAAGAAUUUAAAAAAAAACAACUAUAUUAAAGUAUAGCAAAGCAAGUGAAAAAGUGUAGUCCUCGAAAGAGAAAAAUAUUAACACACACACACACACAUACACACACGCACACGCACACACGCACACACACAUCCACAAACACACACAACUAAAAAAAUAUACUGUAAGUAUUUUAGGGCUCUUUUUAAAAUCUGUUUAGUCUCGUAAUUUGUCUCGUGUAUAGUAAAUCUAGCAAAUCUGUUCACUCUUAAGUAUUCGCCAUUUUGAAUUGAUAUUAUGAUUUUUUUGCAAAUAAUACAAUUGAAAAAAAAAUUCCUUACCCUAUACAACGUCUAAAAUUUAAAGGUGAAAAAAAAAAAAAUUGCCAGAUUUUCAAGUAUGAAAAAAUGUAAUUACCAAAGAGCCUAAACUGGUCAAAAAGUGAACACUGCGUCUUGCCUCCCGAUAAUUCAAUGGAUGUCGUGGUCAAAAAGUGAACACUGCGUCUUGCCUCCCGAUAAUUCAAUGGAUGUCGUGGUUGAAAAGGGGAAGCUGUUCCGUGGUACAAGUACAAUAAUGGAAUUGAAAGACUUUUUAGACUGUAUCAGAGGCGGCUCCGGCGAAAACUGAGUGCUUAGGGGAAAUUUAUUUUUUAAAAUCUUAUGUAACAUGGGAAGGGGUAAAAUUUGUAUAGAUAGUAAAUGGAGUUUCCUGAGAACGGUUCAGGGCAGACGAAAACUGAAUUAAGAGGCUUGAGUAAAUCAGAUGAAAUGUUGUUUAGUUUUUGGCUGAGAGUUUGUAAGAUCGAGUACAGUCGUGAAGUAUGUUAGAUUUGGUACGAUCGUGACAGUAUGUAAGAUUUAGUAGGGUAUUGAGAAUAUGGACGUUUAGUAUGCUAUUGAGGGUAUACAUGUGUAGUAUGCUAUUGAGAGUAUGCAUGUUUAGUAUGGUAUUGAGGGUAUACAUGUUUAGUAUGCUAUUGAGAGUAUGCAUGUUUAGUAUGGUAUUCAGGGUAUACAUGUUUAAUCUGGUAUUGAGAGUAAACAUGGUUAGUUAUGGUAUAGAGAGUACACGUGCUUAGUAAGGUAUUGAUAGCAUUCAACAUUACAGUCACAUGUCUCAUAAAGCUUGAGCUGGAAAAUCAAUUUAUUGUUGAAAUCCACAAAGCAAGAGAGGCUGUAUCAGCCGGUGACAUUGAGUUCAUUCAUAGCCAGCGUUCGGCGUUUAGAGGACAGAGUUGCGAUACAAAUAAUAACACCGAUAUUUCCAGCAAUAGUCAUAUGUAUUGCACGUCAAUGAUCAGAUAACAAUAGCCGGUCAUGGCCUCUGCGGAGAGCCGAAACCGUACAUCCUUUAUAUCUCCUGCCGUUAUUUCUAUGGCGUAACCAAUAAAUUUGUCCAGUAGAUAAUUAAUGAAACAAACUAUCUAAGGCUGUAAGAGCGUGUUUCCCCCCCUGGGGUGCCAACUGUAAGAGCGUGUUUCCCCCUGGGGUGCCAACUGCAUAAAUAAGUAUCGCUUCGGGCAAGGCUUGACGUACCACUCACUCUGACGUCAUCUUCUGUCUCUUUGUGACUCAGAUUUUCAGAGUCAUUCCGACAGCUGGUCACGACCUUGCUUGAAUUUCAUGUUGAUGAGACCAGCACGACAGGUUAGCCAGACUGUAUUUAGCCUUUACAGGAAGGAAGUGAGAGAAGAUUAAUGGCUUAGACACAUUAUGAAAAUAAUAGUGAAUGUUUAAAAUUAAAAUUUAAUAUAUAUAUAAAUUUUAUUUUAUUUUUAAAUUCCAUUUAUUUUCGUUUGUUUUAAUUGCUACAUUAUCUUUAAGUUUUGUUAUAAAAUAAUUAGCUAUCGUGGGCCGAAACAUGUUAGUGACUUCUAGCUCAAACCAAUUACUGUUAAGUAGUGUCUAGUUAAUAUAAAACUAGUUGUUAUCGGCCAUGACAUAUAAUUUAUUCGUAUUCCUGUUUCAUAAUAAUAAAGUAGUUCGUAGUUUGUCCGGAAGCACUAGAUUAUGGUAUUACAGAACCAUAAACAAUGGGUAUUUUCCCCGAGCGUGCGCAGUCUCACGUGAAGGGAAGAUAAGCGACCAUUUUGAAACAGGAAACAGUUCCGAGUGUGUGUGUACGAGCUGUAACCCGAUGACCACGAGGAAAGGUCAACGGUCACAGACUGGGAGGUCGACGCCCGCAGCACUGGACAACCGCGGGGAAACAGUUGGGCGUGGCACUUAAAGAGAGGGUGAGGGGGGGGGGAGGAGAAGAUACUACAGACGUAAAGAUGGGACGAAAGCCUGGGAUAUUUGCUGGUACUUAGUCACUGGAUCACAUGACUUUGAAAACGGGUUUAAACAGGGAAGAUUACUGGUGGGAAAUCGACCUUUUUUUGAUGUUUGUCACUUGGGAUUCUUCGGUUCUAAGAGCGGCAGCUAACAAACGAUUGAGGCGUUGGCUGUAAUUACACGACUAGAGCCUUUGAUUUUUGGGGCAUCACCAUGACCAUCAGUUCUUGGUUUAAAUAUACCAGUUCAUGGAGAUGUUCAUUCUUCAUUCAAAAAAAAAAAGAAGAAAAUUAGCAAAGGAUAUUUAAUGUGUUAAAUUUUUGUUCAUGAUCUGAAGAAAAUCUAAGAAUUUGGUGACCAAGUCAUAAUUAAUAUAUAUAUAUAUAUAUAUUUAUAUAUAUAUAUAAAUAUAUAUAAUAUAUAAAUAAUAUAUAUAUAUACGCCAUGAACUUACGGUAUUUGAUUUCAACAUCGACUCUCCAAAUAAAGAAUGUUUAAGUGACCUAUAAAUACCUCACUGAAUCAAAUUAUAGAUGUAUUGAUCAAUUGAUUAUAAAAAAUCAAUAUAAUAUUUGUCAACUUUACUCAAUCUUAUUGUUUUAACGUUCCUUCUUCGUCUGAAAACUUCAUAGCUUCUUGCUGUUCUCUGACGUCAUCACUUGUUGCUGUUCUAUAUCGUCAUCACUUCUCUCUCUUCUAUAACGUCAUCACUUCUUGUUCUCCUAUUUUGUGAUCACUUCUUGCUGUUCUAUAACGUCAUCAAUACAAGCUUCAAUUAAGCCCUUUUCUAUAACCGAAUCAUUUUUAAUUUUUUUUUUAAAAUUCAGCCAGGUCUUUUUUCUUUAAAAGUUCGUACCAAUUCGACCCUGGCGUGGUAGAUCGUUGAACUCUCGCCUUUGAAAGCCGGCUCUUGGCGCAAAGGCAAGAAAUCUAAAUUUUACGAACGCAAUCUGACCCUCUUUGUUGAUAUCUGCCCUCUGUUCCCCAGGCAUCGCCAUUCACCGGUGAUAUUAAAUGCCGUGGACACAUGCAAACGCUGCACUCAAUGGCCUGAUCGCCCGUCAUUAAUAAUUUGUAGCUGUGGCUUAGGCGGUCAGCUCCAAGGCGUGAUAAUGGUCCGCCAAUCUUUAGCCCGCAGAACACGUGCAAGGAUAAAGAGAUCAAUUUUAAUCUGACUCAAUUUGAUACCAAAAAAAAAAAAAAUCUUCAUUUUUAAAAGACUGACCUUAAGCUUUUUGAAAAACAAUCCAAAGAAACAUGAUAAGAAUUAAUCAUAAAUGAUCACUCGGUUCUUAAUGUGCAUGUCCUGGAUUGUGUCGCCCAAAAAUUUCUAAGGAACGAUCGAAUUAAUAACUGUUCGAGUUAUGAUGAAGAAGAAAAAAAUUGUCCUCGAAAAUCUAAAAUAAAAACAUUAUUUCCUUGUGCGCGCAAAAUUAUGGUGGCUAAAAAUGAAAAAAAAAAAUAUAAAAAAAAACUGGAACCAAAUACUGUUUGAACUCCAGGCCGCACAAAAAAAAAAAAAAAAAAAAAAAAAAAAAACAGAAACCAAAAACUUUUUAAACCCCAGGCCCAAAAAAAAAAAAAAAAAAAAAAAAGUUGCAGGCUACUUUGAAAAGCUCCAGCUCUAGCAGCGUAAACAUGAAGAGGUAAUGCCUCACAAUGUCGCGAUACAGGACCGGACAGGCCGUUGGACUUUGUCAGCCCCAAGAUGUUGAGAUCAAUGUCAAGGUCCUAUCUGACCUGAAUGUUUCACUGCUCCACGGCAAGUUCAGAUCGAUCUUUAGUGCGUGUUUCCUGUUAAAUUGACAUUCUUGACCCUGGUCUGGACGGGGCUGGGAGACAUGGCGUAUGAAAUGAACGAAACAAAAAAAAAAAAAAUGAGUGUGAUGCUGUUAGUAAAGAAGUUCGUUCAAGUCGUCCACUAUCCAGAAAAUGAUGCUUGUUUUAUUUUGUCACCUAUUUAAUGGUGGGCAGUGACGGGGCGGUAGAUCAGACUUCUAAGAAAAAAAACAAAGCCGUGUUCUUACCUUCUGUUGCGCACUAAAGGGGGAAACAAUUGGUCUAUGUGAAUCUAGUCGCAAUAUUACGUUUACGCCAAACGAAAGCGGUAGAGUCAUUGAAAUAAUGAAUUAGACACAUUUUAUGACAAACUAAUAUAAAUAAAGCAAAAUAAUUGUUAUUUCCAGGGCCGGCCCUAACAAUUGCGGGCCCUAUGCGAAACGGAUUGCCGGGGAGGGGAGGGGGGGGGGGGGGGGGGGGCAGUCUGGGAGGGAUAAGGAUAAUAAGUGAAAAUUAAGAUUUUGUAUUAGAAAGUGGGGCCUAUGAAAGUGCGGGGCCCACUGCGGCCGCAUAGGUUGCAGUUGCCCUAAGGCCGGCCCUGGUUAUUUGCACAAACCAAAAUGAAUUAGCUAAUGAGAGAGGGAUAGUAUUGGCAACAUGCAUCAAGGGGCAGGACAUUGAUUAGAUUUGAACUAUGAAUGGGUUUGGGUGUUGGGGUGUAGGGUUUGGAAAGGGGGGGGGGUGUGGAUUGGUCGAAAAAAUGCGUUUUUGCGUAAGUUGUAUGACGUUCAUAGAUAGUUUAACAUCUGACGUCAUUAUUCUGAAAGGAAAAAAAAAAAAAAAAAAAAAAAAAAAAAAAAAAAAAAAAAAAAAAAACAAAAAAACAAAAAAACGGUGGGGACUGGAGUUCAGACCUGUGCUCUUCCAAUAUAAAAAAAAAAAAAAAAACAAUAAAAAAAUUAAACCCAAACAACCAAAAAAAAAAAAAAAAAAAACCAAAAAAGAACAACAACCCAAAAACCACAAAAAUAUAAGUCCACAAAUUUGUGAUUACUGACUACGCCAAGUGGUAGUGCCGUGUUACUGAAAGCAGUGGUCCAAGGACAGGCACCGGUCCGCCAGCCCACAGCGGACGGUCCCGAACAGGUGAACAUUUAAUGUGACUGAAUAUAAGGGCACUAAUAUGUGCCUGAGUUCCAGCUGCCAGCCAACUUCAUAAUUCUCUCUAGUCCGUCACACUCAAUCUACGUUUGAGAACCUCUGGGCUAGCAUUCAUUUCACGAUGGCAUAUGUUCUGAUGAUAUUUAUUUUAAAAAAAAAUAAUAAAGUUUCUACCUUUUUUUAAGUGAGUGAUUCGCGUAUGACGUAGAGAUACAAGAUCACUUAGGUGAAACUCAUUGUGGGUAGAUUAAAAUAUAAUAUUAUUUAAAAUUUUGCAUUUAAAAUGAAAUCAAUGAUGAUUUUAAGUUAGAAAUGAUGAAGAAAACGAAUAAUAUUAAGUUAAGAUUUAAGAUUUCACUUCAUCUAAAUUAUAUUUAAUGGAUAUUUUUUAUUUAUUUGACGUCUUGUCAGUAGAUUGUUCUUAAACUUCGACAUGUUCUAGGAGUAAUGUAGAUGAAUUGUUCAGAGAAAAGCCUUCAUAUUGCCACCAUUCAUAGAAUGCUGAGCAAUUCUGCCUCAGGUACGUCAAAGAAGUGCCAUGAUUUAACACACAAAAAAACAACACUUUUAAUAGAAUGGACGUAUUAAAAAUAUAUUAAUAAAAUUAAAAAAAAAAUACUUAGUAGAUUUUUCUUUUAUCUAUAUUUCAUUUUGCGGAUUACUUAGUAUAUCGCUAUUUUACGGGGGGGGGGGGGGGGGGGGUGUUGUUGGCUAUCUGUGUUAGGAAGAUGGGUGAUGAGAUGGACUUGUUGAGACGUAGCUUAUCUUGGCUGCCUUAGGCCUUAGGAAGAUGGCUGAUGAGAUGGACUUGUUGAGACGUAGCUUAUCUUGGCUGCCUUAGGAAGAUGGCUGAUGAGAUGGACUUGUUGAGACGUAGCUUAUCUUGGCUGUCUUAGGAAGAUGGCUGACGAGAUGGACUUGUUUAGACGUAGCUAACCUUGAUGGUUAACCAUUUUCUGGGGUCGGAGAGGUAAAAACGACAGAUACGGAAAAGUUACGACAGGGAUUUUAAACACAAUGGGGAAGGAAAUGUGUGCGACAUAAAUUUUCAUGCAUGCUCGGCUUAUGACGUCAUGUGUUUAAAUCGGAUUCGAUACCAGGAGCCGAAUUCGAAAAGUUCAUCCGGUCCUUUAGAGGAGAGGCAUGCCGGCUAGAUGUUAUGUAAGCCACUGUUUGUCUUCAUGUCAAGGUGAAGGUCGUGAACUUUAAGCAGGUAUUCAUUUACCUUUAAGUCUUAAACACGGGACCAACAAUUGUCCUCCCUUUCAUAUGGACGUAAGUCAGAGCACGACCAAGGAAUGAAAUUAGCGCGUGGCAGGGAUCGGGCAGACACUAGGGAUUAUAUUUGCGUAUCCCAAGGUGGACACACAACACACACAAAAAAACAAGAUGAUUGAUUAAAAAGGUUCACGUUAUUGCCGAUAAUCAUCUAGUGGGAAACUAUAAAAUUAUGUUAACAUGUGCUCCCAUUAUUAGGUCUAAAUAUCCAGUCCGGAGCUAAAUGUGUCCACUUUUUAAACAUGUCAAAAUGUCCCAUUUAGUGAUGGGUAAAGGGACCUUUGUUUAAACACCAGAUUUAACUGUGACCUCCAUUUCCGGAUUCAAUAUAUGGGUCACGGAUGACCUUUCAAACAGCUCGUUAGUGUGUAAGAGGGCAGUAAAAAUAACAUCGACGACAUUCAAGUGAAUGACCUAUUUAAACGAAUGACCUAUUCAAAUGAAUGACCUAUUCAAAUUACACGAAUUCUUGAGGGAACAAGGUAGAAAUUAGGGGAAAACCGACCAAAAAAAAAAAAGAAAGAAAAUAGGGCAACAGCAGAGAACAAAACAUUCCAUGGGUUUGCACUUAGAGACCCCACUGAGGGAUUCUCAAACUUUUCUUUUACUUACAGCACACCAUUUGUAACGGUGUUAAAAUGAGUGGUGUACGGCGUCUUUAUUACAAUGUGAAUCUUAACAAUCGGACGGGAUGAAAUGUUCCAAAAUGGUUUGUUUAUAUGAGAUUGUGAACAUGUUUGUACAUCAAUACUUGUGUACGUUUAAGUACAGAUUCAUUUUAAAAUGUAAGAUGUUUUUUUUUUAUGAAGUAAAGGAAAAAAAAAAUUUGAAUAAAUACUUUUGUGUAGAGACUUCGCAAUGCUAACAUUAAAAAAAAAAACAAGAUAAACUUUACAAUUUAUUGAAAGUACAUAUGUUCACAUACAUACAUAUCCACCAGUGACUUAAGGUCGCAGGCAUUGGUCAGACUGAGAAUCAAUAUUCAAUAUAAGAUAAUAUUCUUAUCACUUAUUAAAACAUCCAACCUUUUAGACACGCUAUUUUGUUUAAAAAUGUCUGUCUGUCUGUCUGUCUUAUAUCUACACCUUACUGAAGUUUAAAAAAAACAAAUAUUUCCCGGCGCCACGCAUACUUGGUCAUGUGACAAGCAGGCAAUGACGCAACACUGAAAAGGUCAAACCAUUCAUGAUUCCCCCCCCCCCUUUUUUUUUUCCAGACAAACUUAGAAAGUUGCAGCUUUGAAAGAAAAUCCUUAAUAAAUUAUUUUUCAAAAUUUGAGUUUUAUAAACAGCAAAACAGUUGAAUUGCACGAAAUGACAUGACAUCAGGUCAAUACAUGGAUAUUUUCCUAAUCCAAAGGAGGAGCAAAUCUUUAAAAAUGUUUACCCCUACCCCCUUUUUUUCCCCUCUCCUUUGUCCACAAACAAAAAUAAACUAAAAAAACCCCGACGACGUCUGUGCCAUAAAAAUUGUUGUGUCAAUAGCCAUUUCCUGUUUAUGUGGGGGGGGGGGACGACUCUUUCGGGCUGGUCACAGCGCGGUGAUGGGUUGUCUAUUUGCACAACGUAAUAUUAAAUAGCCAGUAGGUCAUGACCAAACAAUGGGCAGGCAUGGCGGAAUGCUGACGUCCGAGGUUUAAGCCCCGUCUUAAGGGGCCGUGUCUCUCCUGUGUUGUUUUGGGGCGGGAUGGACCGCUUUCGCUUUCAGGAUGAACGGCCGCGCUCCGUGUGGGUGAGUGCAAAAUGUGAAAAUUGUUGAAAUACUUCGCGUCGUCGUUGACAGCGCAAACACAACUGCUGUGACCUCAGUUGUGUGCUCAAAGGGUGGAGUUCGAACAUUUCAUGAGUUGUGAAUCUUCACCUCGGUAAUUAAAAAAAAUUAAGAAAAAAAAUCGCUUAAGCUUCACGUCAAAAGAUUGGUGAAAAUAAAGGCCACGGAGGCGCAUCUAUAGGGAGUCAUUGGGUGUAACUCAAUGAGACCCAAUGGCUCAGUACCAGGUUAGCCCAUGGAGAAGUUUUGGAAUGGGGACAGUGGGUGGGACCCCCAUCCUACACCAGUGAUUGGGAACCCGAUUUCGCCAAUAUGAUAACAUAUCUAUCUGUUGGUAUGUUUCUGUGUUGAUAUGUUUAAAUGUUGAUAUGUUUCAAUGUUGGUAGGUUUCAAUGUUGGUAUGUUUCAAUGUUGGUAGGUUUCAAUGUUGGUAAGUAUAUAAUGUGUGUAUGUAUAAAUGCUGCUAUGUAUUAAUGUUGAUAUGUUUCAAUCUUAGCAUGUUUCAAUUGUUGGUAUAUUUGAAUGUUGUACCAGCUACGUCACGUCAGGACUAAUGUCUCUAUUAUUUUACAUGUUAGUUCAUACUCUUUGUUCACCUAAAGUCGUGGUUCUCAACCUUCCUAUUGCCGCGACCCUUUAAUACAGUUUCUCAUUCUGUGGUGUCCAUCAUCCAUAAAAUUAUUUUCGUUGCUUUUGCAUAAAUAUGUGUUUUCCGAUGGUUUUAGGCGACCCCUGUGUAAGGGUCGUCAACCCCUAAAGGGACCGCGACUCACUGGUUGAGAACCGCUGAACGAAAGAUAAACAUACAUUGUUGGAAGUAGACAAGGUACCCGAUUGAAUGGACCAAAAAAUAAAAUGACGUCACGUAGCUGAAAGCUCAAAAUGAGUAACGUGUCUGACGGUGGACCUAGGAUCCUUGUUAAAGAAAAGAAACGAAUUACUAACAGAAAUAAAAGAAAGAAUAUCAGCCGGAAACAGGGCAUACUUCAGUAGUCAGAAAAUACUCAAAAGUAAAAACAUUACAAGAGAAACAAAGAAAACUAUUUAUAAAACUGUAAUUAGAUCAGUUUUAACAUAUGCAAGUGAAACCUGGACCCUAACAAAAAUAGCACAAAACCUAUUAAACACAGGGGAGGGGAAAGUUCUCAGGAAAAUAUAUGGGUCAACAAAGGAUGAAUAUGGAUGGAGAAUACGAACCAACUAUGAAUUAUACAGUCUAUAUCAGGAUCCCACGAUAGUAGUAGAAAUAAAAAAGAGGCAGGCUACGCUGGGCAGGACACCUAGAGAGAAUGCCAAAUGACAGAGGAACGAAGAGGGUACAUCACCAAUACCCCAGAGGAAAAAGGCUCAAAGGCAAACCUAGGCUUAGGUGGAUAGAUGAUGUAGAAAAAGAUCUACAGCAGCUGAAAGUCCAAGCAUGGAAAAGAAAGGCAUUAGUUAGGUCUGGGUGGAAGGAAGUAGUGAGGCGGGCCAAAGCCCUACAUGGGCUGUAGCGCCAUAGGGAUGGAUAAUGUCUGACGGUGGUCUCAUGUGUCACCUUCUCUGAUGUCUGUCAAGCUGACAGAUGGGCGUGGCUAGGUGAGUUGAAGAGAUCGUAUGUCGACCUCAAAGACGUGUGAGGGAGGUGGCACCAUUGAUUAAUUUGAAGCUGUGUUUAAAGUUUAACCAGCGGUUCUCAACUCGCCCAUUGAAAUCAUACCAUGAAAGGAUUCAUGUACGGCACCAUCGUUUUAUUUGGAUGUUGUUGUUUUGUAACCACAAGGGCGUGAUAUCGGUUCGUAUAGAAAGAACGAAAAAGGGCGUUUCUCCCUGUAUACGUUUCGACCGGGAAAAUGCUAUAAUAUUACAUGAGACAAAUGAUCUUCGGGUGUUUGGUCUAGUGACCUACUGACAUUUAUCCGAACGACAUUUCAGUGACCGGCCCUUUGACGGACAUACUGUGUGUCCAGGAUGAAAACAUAACGGGCGAUACCUUUGUACGGUACCUUGUUAAUUUGAUACGGUUGUUCUUUCGCGAUUUAAUGGCAACCAAAGCAAAAGGUUACUUAUAGAUAACUGAUGUAUGGCUUCAUAUUUAGAUGCCUACUGUAUGGCUUCAGCUUUAGAUGCCUGCUUUAUAACUUCAGCUUUAUAUGCCUGCUGUAUGGCUUCAACUUUAGAUGCCUACUGUAUAACUUCAACUUUAGAUGCCCACUGUAUGGCUUCAUAUUUAGAUGCCUACUGUAUGGCUUCAACUUUAGAUGCCUGCUGUAUUGCUUAACUAUAGAUGCCUACUGUAUUGCUUCAACUUUAGAUGCCUACUGCAUGGCUUCAACUUUAGAUGCCUACUGCAUGGCUUCAACUUUAGGUGCCUACUGCAUGGCUUCAACUUUAUAUGCCUGCUGUAUAGCUUCAGCUUUAGGUGCCUACUGCAUGGCUUCAACUUUAGAUGCCUGCUUUAUGACUUCAGCUUUAGGUGCCUACUGUAUGGCUUCAACUUUAGAUGCCUACUGUAUGGCUUCAACUUUAGAUGCCUACUGUAUAGCUUCAACUUUAGAUGCCUACUGUAUGGCUUCAACUUUAGAUGCCUACUGCAAGGCUUCAACUUUCGGUGGCUACUGUAUGGCUUCAACUUUAUAUGCCUACUGUAUUGCUUCAACUUUAGCUGCCUACUGUAUUGCUUCAACUUUAGCUGCCUACUGUAUGGCUUUAACUUUAGCUGCCUACUGUAUGGCUUCAACUUUAGCUGCCUACUGUAUGGCUUCAACUUUAGCUGCCUACUGUAUGGCUUCAACUUUAGCUGCCUACUGUAUGGCUUCAACUUUAGCUGCCUACUGUAUGGCUUCAACUUUAGCUGCCUACUGUAUGGCUUUAACUUUAGCUGCCUACUGUAUGGCUUCAACUUUAGCUGCCUACUGUAUGGCUUCGACUUUGAAAAUCUUCUGACAUUAUCCCCCACGCCCCCAAAAUCUCUCAUAUUUCACCCCUCGAUUUUUUGGUGACGUGGUUGGCAAGGUGGGUUGUUACUGGGGGAUUGGACAUUUGGCGGGGAGGGGGGGAUACCCCUUUUUCUUUUGCGAAGAAUCUAUCUGUUAUCACUAAUCUGUUUUAGCAACAGUUCCAGUAGGAAUCCUUGAAGGAGUUGUCACAGGGUUAAUAAGAAAACCCGAGAAAAAAGUAUGCGAUGACCUAAACCAGGCCCGCACAACUCACAAUGUAAGGCGGGCCGUAAUGCUUAAUAAAAAACUUGUGCGGGCCGAAAGAAAAUAGGACCGGGGUGUGGGGGGGGGGGAGCUAUUAAGAAACUAAUAAUAAAAAAAGAAUAUUUCGUUACUUCGCAAAGUGGGUGCUGGCGGGCCGCAUGCAGCCAGAGGGCCUUAUGCGAUCCGCAGGCCGUAUGUUGUGCAUGCCUCACUUUAGUCAUUGAAAAAACAAACAAAAAAAAACAAAAAACAACAACAACAGAAAAACAAAACAAACCACAAAUUCCAAGGAAGGUAUAAUUUUGGUUUUAAAAAUUGUUAUUUUACACACAUGAUACUAAUCUACUAGAUGAACAAGUUUGUCCAUAAAAGUGCUUAUGUCAUUGGCCGGUGAGAAACUAUCACAAGGACAUUGCCUUCUUUGUUCAACAGCAUUACUGCACGCUCUUUGCUAAUAUGUAGUCAGAGAUAGAACACUUUACAAUAUUUAUAAUCCUAAGAACACACAGCCAGACGUUAUAACGCACCAUUGAAUAGCUUUCUUUGAGCUUUUCAACACGGACCAAAAUAAACACCGGGUGUCUUUAGCUCUUUUCAGCUAUUUUUGGGUCGUUUCAGCUAUUUUGGGGGUGAUUUAAGCUAUUUUGAAGCUUUUGAAAACUAAUUAUACUUCCUGAUGCCUUUGAUGUUUAGAUAAGACAGCAUGAACAAUUAGCCCACGAUCGGUGAUAUUAUUCUACUUUUCAUCAAAUUAUUAAUACUUUCUAUGACUUUGGAACAAAACAAAAAUAUCCAAGAUCAGCUAGUUGUGUAAUUAGCACCAUAUAAAAAUGAAGUCGAAACGAAAAUAAAUGGAAAUCUGCCAAAAAUGUACAAACCAGGCAUGCACACUGUUCAAUGGCGAGUCAUUGUAGAAACGGGUUGGUGCGUGUGAACCGAUUCUUAUUUUAUUGAUACAUUGUCAUAUACUUCGUACGUGCUGUCCAUCGAGUGAGUCUACCAGUUGAGGUGAAUAAUUCAGCCAUUUGUCAUUUAUUUCUAAAGACCGUAAUUGCCAUAGGUCGAGACUUUUCAUGGUACACUAUAACAGAUGAUUUGCUUAGAUACUCACUGUGCAAAUUGCCCAUCAGUGGCAUAGCAAAUAAGCUCCAAAACUUUUCACGUUAAAAAAUCAGAUCAAUCGCCACAACGAAAGUACAUGGUCGGGUUUUUAUUUUAUUUUUUUUUUGGUUGUGUACCAAAAUCUUUCUUUAACAUUUAAGAAAUGCCUCACAAGGAAAUACGCUCUUCAAAAUAAAUUUUUAUUUUAAUUAUUUUUUUUCCGUUACAUUUAUGCACUUGUUAAUCUUUGGUUCAUCUUUUUUUCCUAUGGCCUCAAAGUCCUCGUCAGAGUGGACUCAAGUCAACGUCAAGAUGCCAAACACAGAAACACUGUUACUCUAAUUUGGUCUGUUACCAAAGUUACUGGUUCAGAGCGAUUUCGGAUCCUUCACAGCUACCAAAGUUUGAAUGUUCCUGACAUCUGCUCACUCGUCCACAAGGCAAACCUCGCCAGCUCCUCGUCUGUGCUUACCAAUCAACGGAAGUGCACGGUCCGCUGGUCUCACGGGCAUAACCACAUGGCUCCGGUCUGCUGCGACAAGGGUCCGAAAUAAGGAAACAUUUUUUAAUGGCCAAAAGGGGCUCUUCCCUAGGGGUCUGUUGGGUUCUCUCACGUCGACCUUUUAGUUAAAUGGACACAUUUUUUUUUCUGUUGACUUUCUUCAACAAUCGUCAAUACAAAUACCAUGGAUUUACCAGACACAAAAUUCUGACCUAAUUUUGGUUGUCGUCUGUCAUCGUUGGUGGUCUCAAGUUCACUAAGGAAACAUACUAAAUAUUAAGAGUUUUUUUAAUUUUUAAAAAAAUAUUAAAAUCUUGUUCUUAUUGAGGUUAUUGCUAUAGAUGUUGAUUACGAUGAUACUAAUAACGUCACAUUAAAGAUGGCGUCGGUGGGUCGUCGGACGCGAGCUCAUAAUACCCCCCCCCCCCAGGCACACCCCCAAACGGACCGACGCCGGGUCUCCCCGCCACCAAACCGUGCGGAAGCACGUCGGAAACCUCCCCCCCCCCCCCGGUCUGGGGGACGUCCGGUCGGCCGAAAACGCUGCGUUUAAAGCGUUCGCGGUCCACUCUCCCGAAGAUCAGAGCGGCUUUGCUUCCACUCCGGGGGAAAUGUGUUGCGUUACCUUCCCCCCACCGUCCAGGGAGUUGUCCGGUCGGGACGAAAGUUGGGACGAAACGGUCGCUUAGGAGCGGCUUUCUCAGGGCCGCGUAGCUAAAAUCAUCGGUGUGGGUUUUAACCGCCACCCAGACCUCAUAUCCAUUAACGGCAACAAGUUUUCACGAUAUUGCGUUACUUUUUGCGUUGGAAGUCACGCAAGUGGUCGGGGUUUUUGGCGGGGGGGGGGAGGGCAACCUCCCUACUAGUCAGGCACGCCACGAAGAGGCAAACCCCAUGUGACACCUCCGAGUUGCCUCGGUGGCGCGGGACUCUGACUUAGAGGCGUUCAGUCGUCGCCACCCCUGGAUUACGAUGAUACGAACAGGUUGAGGAUAAUUCUAUAACACAGACGAAUUAAAUACUGCUAUCAAUUAUUUUGUAGUACGUUACUUUAUAUUUGUAAAGAAGCAAGCAUGAUUUGAACAACGAAGUGUUGCCACGUCAGCGAAACAAGCAAACAUACAAGCGGUAGAGGGAAACUUGAAAAAGGACAACACACACACAACAUGAAAAAGCACUCGGCAACAAAGAAACAUAGAGACAGAGACAAACAGUCCUGUUAUGUUGUAAGGUUAUGUGGUUAACAUGAAAUGGUAUACUAUAGACCUAUUCACUUACG